AUGCCGACUUCGGCCGUCGUCGAGCUCGUACACCCCGAGACCGACGCCGAGCCGCUCUUGCUCGCAACCGACGGUGUGCAUCAUGACAGCAAGCCCCUGCGCGUCCUUCGGCGCCUCGCCAAGCGGCGCCACGCCAUCAGCGCGAGCUACGGCAAGUUCUUCGGCUUUGGCAUGAUCAUCGGCGGCAACGUUGCGCUGAGCCUCAUGUCGGUGCUCAUCAAGUUUUCGUCGCGCUUUCUCUACGCGGACGAGAUUGUGUUUUGGCGGUCGUCGACUGCGCUCGUCAUGAACGCGGUCCAGCUCUACCUCAAGAUUCCGCUUUUGGCAGUCGAGCCGCGCUUGAUCAAGCUGUUAUGCAUUCGCGUUGCCAUCGGAUAUACAGCCAUGACCAUGUCCUUUUAUGCCUACUCUAAAAUGGUGCUCUCGGAGGCGUCUGUCAUCAUCUUCACUGCGCCCAUCAUCACGUGUGUCCUGAGCGUCUGUCUCCUCGGCGAGAAGAUUGACGUCGUCGGCGGUCUCUGCGUCUUGGUGUCGUUUGCCGGUGUCAUCUGCGUGGCGCGACCCGCUUUUGUCUUUGGCGUGCACGCGGCGUCGUCCGAGGCGCCGCCGCUCGCAAUGCUCUGCGCCGUCCUCACAGCCGUGUGUGUUGGCCUCAUCAACAUCCUCAUCCGCAUGCUCCAGAGCAUGAACACGUGGACGCUUGUCACGUACUUUCUGCUCACGUGCACGCUGGGCUCGCUCACGAAAAUUGCGCUCUUUGGAUCGGGGCUGUACGUGCCGCAAACCACCGACGAGGCGGGGAUUGUGCUCGCGAUCGGGUUUUUCGGCUGCAUUGGCCAGCUCAUGAUCACAAAGGGACUCCAAAUUGAAAAGGCCGGCAUCGCCUCCGUGCUGCAGUACCUCAACCUGCUCUGCGUGAUGCUAUGGGACGUGACGCUGCUCGGCGAGGCGCUGCAUUUGUGGAGCAUCCUUGGCGCCGCGAUUAUUUGCCUCAGUGCGUCGGUGAUUGCCUAUCGCAAGGCGAACGCGUAAUUCUACUUUAAAGCACGCUUCCGUGGGCGACGCAACCUACAAGUCGCAACGUCUUUCCAAUACCGUCGAUUGUAAUGGGAGAAUAAGAAGCC